GAGAAGAGUACGGCGGGGAGCGAAGAGGUUUCUGCACAACCCAUUACUGAGAAGCAUAAAGCUGCGAAUUUUCCUGCAAAUUUGCUUCGAAUCGGUACCUGGGAAAGAGUUACUAUAUACGAAGGCGAUUUGGUUGCUAAGUGUUAUUAUGCAAAACGUAAAUUGGUUUGGGAAGUGUUGGAACGUGGAUUAAAGAGUAAGAUUGAGAUUCAAUGGUCAGAUAUUUCUGCCAUUAGAGCAAUCUUUCAAAAGAACAGAGCUGACAUUCUUGAAAUUGAGUUAUGCCGUGCACCAAUGUUCUUCAGAGAAUCGAAUCCUCAACCCAGAAAGCACACUCUUUGGCAAACUGCUCCGGAUUUCACUGGAGGUCAAGCACCAAUUUACAGGAGGCACUAUGUUCAAUUCCCUGAAGGAACCCUUGAGAAACACUAUGAGAAGCUCUUGCAAUGUGACAACCGGUUGUUGAUGUUGAGCAAGAAGCCUUUCCCAACAUUAAACUCUCCAUACUUCUACUCAAAUCUUUAUGGUUACCCAGACUUCUCUUUCGGUAUCAAUGGUGGCCAUCGCCUAUUUUCACAGUUUCCCCACUUGAGUAUUCCUAGGACUAAUGCAAUGCUUCUCCAUCAAAUUCAGAAUUUUGAUACAAUCACACCUUCCUUCACUGUCAAUGAUUCAACUUCCCCCAUGUCAGUUAUGGACUUUCCUCACAUCAAAGAGAAUGGGAGUAGUUACAAUAGGCAACAAUAUCAUCAAAGGGCUCAAUGGGUUCAAGGCAUAAGCAAUGACCAAAAUCUCUAUUUCAAAAAGGGAGGAGGGGUUGGAGAACUUCCAUUGAUGGUUUCCACUAGGCAAGAUAGUUCUCUCAUUUCUCAACAGCAAGUUUAUCAUCAUCAUCAUCAAUUGCCUUGUGGAAGUCAAUCUUCGAACAAUUUAUUAUUAAACGAGAUUGCGGAGCAGUUGCUAAACGAUCCAUUUGCGUCAGUAUCAUCUGAUGAACAAAGAGUUUUAGCCAAGGUGAAGUCUAUGGGUAACCUCAUUGACACUUCAAAGGAAUCAAUUCCAACAUCAGGGAAUGCCAACCCUAAUUCAAUUAAUUUUGAUAUUUCUGAUUCGAAUUCCAAAGCAUAUGGAGGAGGGGAAGAUUAUAGGAUGAAUAAUCACAUUAUGCUUAGAAAUAUGGAACAAUCAAUUGGAGGGAGUGAAACCUUACGUCCACAGCCACUGAAUUUUUUCCCUACUCAUCAAGGUUCUAAUGAAAAUCCAUCAAUGAAUCUUGCAAGAUGCCCUUCAUUUCCAUACUUCUUUGUGGAUCCUACACUGGAAGAUGCUACAUCUGUUGGUCCUGCAGCAAAUGAAGUGAACCAAAAAUGGUUAUGA